AUUGUGACCUUGAAAUUCAACAAACUUGGCGCUUCUUCUAGCGGAAGGUAUCAAACACAACUGACUGAAAACGACACCGUAUUGGUAGAUGGUGAAGGGCUUGCACGGCCAGAACCUCCCUGCCGACGUGGCGCAGGUGGUUGAUCAGCUGGAGCGCCACUGCUUCGCUCCCGAUGGAUCUCUCAUCUCCAAGCCUCUCUUCAACGAUCUCCAACUCGCCAGAGAGGAAAUGUGCAGGGAAAGACUGCGUUACCUGGAAGCCAUGGCGAUAUAUUCUGAGGCAAUUGCAAUGGUGGAAGAGUAUCAGCAAGCCAUUUCUGUAUCUAACCUUGGCGGAAUUAGAGAUACCGGCAACCUUUAUCCACAGCUGGGGUUGAGGAACACUCCUCAGGUUUAUCAGACUCUAGAGCAUCAAAUGGUUGUUGCUGAAGCAGCUCAACGAUUGAGACUACCUCUUAUCUCCAAAGAUGGGGAAGUUCAUGAUGAGGACAUUGAAAAGCUAAGUGUAGUAUCUCGAAGCUCCCUUGACAGUACUGUUAGUGGGGCCAACUCUUCUAAUUAUAACACUCCAAACAGCUCUGUUAGUGGGACUAAUUCUGCUCUUGUUGCUUCGGAUCCAGUGGAGCCUGGUGUUGGUGGUGUUCCAAAUCGGUUUUUGGGAAUUACGCCUGCUUAUUUGUGGCAAACUCAGCGCCAGAAAACACCGUUAUCUGUGGUAUACUAUGAUAUGACUGAAUAUCGCUUGUCUGUUUCACGGGAGGUAGAUGCUCGCUUGAAAAUGAAAUGUGAAAAAUUAUCAGACGCAUUUUUAUUGGAUGAUAAUGAUUCUUCAUCUUCUGCAAGUCAAAGUUCAAGUUCUCGUCUUCCGGAAAGGGUGAAAUUGUUGAUUGAGGAGAUUGAAAGAGAGGAAACAGCACUGCGUGAUGACCUAUAUUCUGCAGAUAGAAAGUUUGCCGAAUAUUACAAUGUCUUGGAGCAGAUACUUGCAGUGCUUAUUAAACUUGUCAAAGAUUUGAAGUUGGAGCAUCAUCACAAAUACGAUGACUUGCAAAAGACUUGGCUCUUUAAAAGAUGUGAGACCAUGAGUGCUAAAUUGAGGGUUCUUGAACACGUUCUCCUGCUUGAAACUUACACUAAGGAAUCCAUACCUGCCCUUCAUAAGAUAAGGAAAUAUCUUGUUGAGGCAACUGAAGAAGCUUCUAUUGCAUAUAACAAAGCGGUUACCCGGCUGCGCGAGUACCAGGGUGUUGAUCCUCACUUUGAUAAUAUUGCAAGGCAGUACCAUGACAUUGUGCAGAAAUUGGAGAACAUGCAAUGGACAAUCCACCAAGUUGAAAUGGAUCUGAAACGUUUGCCAGAUAAACCUAGCUCAUAGAGGUUUUAUCUCCUUAUCUUGCUUUGAAUAGCUUCAUGUAAAUGAUAUUUAAGACGCCCCUUUCCAUAACUCAUUAUUUAUCAUGUCCCUAAUGAUUGAUAAAGGUGUGUAAUCUUCAAUAUGUGAGCCUGUUUAAAUAUUUAGACUACUUUGCAUUACCUUACCUGAUGAUAGAGGAGAAAAAGGAAAGCCAGCUGUUUCUUAGUUUAAGAUGCAUCGGGGUCUUUACUCCUUGUAUUCCAUCAUUUUAGUUUUUUUAGCAUCAUUAUAACACUAAUAUUAUUUUAGAC